GGCGCGAGCUGCAGACGGAGCGAGCAUGGCGCUCGUGCAGCCGGGGAGAGCCUUUCUCCGGGGGAUGCGCGUUGUCGCGCGGAGCGACCGUUUCCUCCGUCUCCAUGGUCUUUCUACUGCAUUGAAAUGCCAGUGCUUUAGUUCAGAAAGUAAAGCAGAGGAAAACAGUCCAGUGACUCCAAUGCUGAAGCAUCUGAUGAUGAAAAUAAAGUCAACUGGUCCCAUUACAGUUGCUGAAUAUAUGCGGGAAGUUUUGACUAAUCCUGUGAAGGGAUACUAUAUGCAUCGUGACAUGCUAGGUGAAAAAGGAGAUUUUGUUACUUCACCUGAAAUAAGUCAGAUCUUUGGAGAGUUAAUAGGUGUUUGGUUUGUUAGUGAAUGGAUGGCUGCUGGCAAGCCAAAAAAAAUUCAACUGGUGGAAUUGGGUCCAGGAAGAGGUAGUCUUACUAGUGAUAUUUUGCGGGUUUUUAAUCAGCUGAGUUCUGUACUUAGUAAAUGUGAUAUUUCUGUUCAUUUGGUGGAAAUCAGUCCAAAAUUAAGUGAGAUUCAAGCAUCAGUACUCACAGAAGGAAAGACAGAAUUAACAGAGAGUCCCACUACCUACAUGCAAGGGAUUACUAAAACCAGGCUGCCAAUUUUCUGGUACCAAGACCUGAAUGAUGUGCCAGAAGGCUUCAGUUUUUAUUUAGCACAUGAAUUUUUUGACGCUCUUCCUAUACACAAAUUUCAGAAAACAGAAAAGGGGUGGUGUGAGUUGUUGGUUGACAUUGAUCCAGACACUCCUGACAAACUGCGAUUUGUCCUUGCGCCAUCUGCUACUCCUGCUGCAAAAGCCUUCAUACAUGACAAAGAAUCCAGAGUUCAUGUGGAAGUGUGUCCUGAUGCUGGUAUCAUCAUCCAGAAGCUGGCCCAUAAUAUUGAUAAGAAUGGGGGCAAUGCACUGAUUGUAGAUUAUGGCCACAAUGGAACCAAAACAGACACAUUCAGGGGAUUCCGUGGACAUGAACUUCACAAUGUCUUAAUAUCUCCAGGAACGGCGGACCUCACAGCAGAUGUUGACUUCAGUUACCUGCGAAAAAUAGCACAGGAAAGAGUAGCAACCUUGGGUCCCAUAAAGCAACAUGAUUUUUUGAAAAAUAUGGGCAUUGAUAUCAGACUGCAGGUACUAUUGAAAAGUGUCAAUGAUGCAGCCAUUCAGACUCAGCUGCUUCGAAGUUAUGAAAUGCUAAUGGACUUGGAUAAAAUGGGAGGACGUUUCCACUUUUUUGCCAUGCUACCUCACUACAGAUUUACAGCUUCAGAUCAGCAAAGGAAGUCAAAAGACUCAACAUCACCUUCAGCAUGUGUUGCUGGCUUUGGUGAACUCUCAUGGAAGUGAACCCCAAAUGUGAAUGUUUUAACAGAAUGAUGCAGGCUUCCCAUUGUGAAUCAUGCAAAUAGGGAUAUGUAGAUAGGUCUCAUAACAAUCAUGUUGCUUUUCUGUAGUAAUGCCUGCACACAGGGAUUUUGAUACAGUUAGAGGAAGUACAGAGGAUGCAGUAGUGGGGAAAAGACACAUGAUAGGGAAAUAAAAUUUAUUUUCAAGCUUAGAGGAUAUUUACAAACAAUGGGACAUAUAAAAAUAUAAAAAGUACUUGACAGUGUCUUUUUGAGGCUACAAGUUUUACAUGAAUAUCUUCUAGCAUCAAUACAGAACUAUUUCUUCAAUGAAUGCAACUUAACUGAAAAACAAAGAUUAAUGAUAAUGCAACACUGGGUACAAAUUCAUCUGGAGCAACAGAUUUAAUGCCAACCUUCAGUGACUUAAAGCUUUGAUUUAAUAAUAUUGGUAGGUAUUCAUAGGAAAGUUAGAGUGCAAGCUAUGCAGUUUAUUUAUGGUUUGUGAAAUGUGUGUAACAGCUGUUAUAGAGUAGAAACAUUCCAGUUAUUUCUCAUCUUUAACCACAACAGGGCUUUUAUUCCUACCCUACUGGUCCAAAAUUUUGCUGUCCUGAAACCUGAAAUUAAAUCAAGGGGCAUACCUGACACUGUACAUUCUUGACUUGCUUUGCUGCUGUUUAAAUAUGGCUCUCUGAUGCUACAACCGAUCUUAAGGCUGCAAUCCUAUAUACACCUACCUGGAAGCAAACCCCACUGAACUCAAGGGGACUUAUUUCUGAGUAGACAUCUAUAGGAUAACAACUGAGUCAAUCCGAAAUAAUAUUGAUCCUAUUCUGUUGUUGCAUACGUUUACAAAGAAACAAUAAGACAAAACAGUGAAACAUCUAUGAACACUUCCAAUGGAUUAAUAGUUAUGCCACAACAAAUUGUGCUUUGCUAGAACAGCUACUUUCAGUGUUCAAUACCAUGCUAUAAAUACAGAAUAGUUCCAGCUGUAUAUUCAAAAAAUUGAAUAGUAGCUUCCAAUAAUUUUACAACAUGAUUGGACCAUUUAUGAUAGGGGCUUCCAAUCAUUUCACUUAUCCAUGACAUUUUUGUCUGCCUUUGAGACUUAGUCAUUCUCAUCUCUGCCGUGGAUUCUCCCCACUGAGAACACUGCUUCCAACGGCUACUGUAGAUAAGGUUAAGUAACUGAUGACAAUAAAAUUACAAUAACCUUUUCUAUAGGUGAGAAACUUUUUCUAGAAUUUUUCUAGAUUUACUUUGAAUACAUUUGUAGCUUAACUACAAGGAUAAUCUGCUAAAUUUCCUGGCUCAUUAUUAUGGACUCUGUGGUUUGGAGAAGGCUUCAUCCACAUUAAACUUGUCUUUUGCAUUUCCAAACAGCUGCAUUAUUUCAGAGGGUCUCCCCCACUUGUAGAAUUUUAUUCCCUGGAACAAUUUCCAACUCAAGGUUGUAGAAAUGAAUGUUUUUCGAAUCAACAUGUUACUUGCAACCCACUGACCCAAUUUACAUGUUACUGCUUUGGCAAAGUUCCUGCCAUCAAACAGAUUCUUGGUUGUCCACUCACUUCGAUGAUAAAAGCAUCAGUCAUGUAGGUAACUCUACCUACAUAAUCAGUACUUUCAUACAUUAAUUACCAUGUAAAAUUGGAGUUUGUAAUGGGAUAACAAAAUAAGAUACAAAAAGUUUCAGUCCAAGUAUUCUGAAUACAGAGCAAAGAAAUGAAGAACUGCAGGUGCAUAGCUGACUCUCAAAAUCUGUUCAACAAAUACCGGUAUGCCUGAAAUUAGGCCAGUGAUUCAUGUGGGUCACAGUAAAUAAACAUCAGUGAGUUAGUGAAACAUUCUGUGCAAUGCAGAAACAUCCAUGCAGCAGUCCAUCAUAAAUCAAUCCACAUGAUCCUAAUCAAAUUCUGGUUUGAAGCAGGCCAUAGGUACACUACAACCCCCUUUUUAAAAUGGUGGUGAACACAUGGUCCUCCAUAUAUUACUAGAUUCCUACUCCCAUUAUCCUUGCCCAUUAGACGUGGUGGCUGGGGCUAAUGAAAGUUGGAGUCCAAAACACUGCUUUAAGGAUUGUAGGAUCUAAGUGAACUUACAAAUGUAUGUUCUCUAUUCAGUGAUAACAUCAUCCUGUGAUGAGUUGCACAUGCAAAAUAGUCUUCAUAAAUCAAAAUGCCACAGGCCGAAUUUUCACAUCACAUUACCUCA